AUGGAUAUCACAAGAGCUAGAUCGCCAGUAUUUGACAUUGGCAUUGAAGGCCAACUCCCAGACUACCGAGCAGCCCCUGCGCUUGGCCGCCGCCAUGCGACAAAGCGACAAACUGCAGAGCCACCAAAGCUUUCGGUUACCAAAUCCCAAGAAGUAAAGAAGGCCAAGUUCUCUUUCGGAAAGCCUUUAGAGAACGUCGAUCGAGCGAUUCAACAGGAGCCCUCUGCCGAUUGGCUGGCUCUGACCGAGAAGAACUUGGAGCAGGAUAUCGAGACAUCGAAGAAAGAACUUGAACUAAUUAAAUCAAUACUGGAAGACAUUGAUCAGUGGUUACAGAUAGAAAAACAGCCAGGCAGAAAAAUUCGUGAUCAGAAGAUCCUCAUGGGUGCAUGUCGAGAGUAUUCUGACUCGAUGAUACAAGUGCGAAAAGAACGCCUCAGACAGACUAAGUUUUGGCUUAACAGUCGCGAUAUGGGACGUUCUGUUCCGGUCGAGGCGCCCGCUGAAUGGCGUGCUGUAGACACGGAAUGGAGACAUUGGUUAGGCGAGCAAGCUGCUGCACGCUCGAGCCAAUCGCCGAUUGAAGAUAUAGACGAUACUGCUUGGAGAAUUCUGGGGCCUCUGCCUCAUAUUUUGGCAGCUUAUACCUGGCUUGAGACCACUCAAUAA